AUGGGGCACAGUGCGUGCGCGGCGAGGCGCUCCAGCAUGUACAUGGCGGGCGCGUGCAGCGCGUGCCGCUCGGCCCGCAACGCCGCGCCUCACACACGCAGCGCCGUGCCCGCCAGCCUCGCGCCGCACGUUCACCUGCUGGUUGCGUACGUACCGCAGCUCGAUGGGGCGCAGUGCGUGCGCGGCGAGGCGCUCCAGCAUGUACAUGGCGGGCGCGUGCAGCGCGUGCCGCUCGGCCCGCAACGCCGCGCCUCACACACGCAGCGCCGUGCCCGCCAGCCCCGCGCCGCACAUCACCUGCUGGUUGCGUACGUACCGCAGCUCGAUGGGGCGCAGUGCGUGCGCGGCGAGGCGCUCCAGCAUGUACAUGGCGGGCGCGUGCAGCGCGUGCCGCUCGGCCCGCAACGCCGCGCCUCACACACGCAGCGCCGUGCCCGAAAGCCCCGCGCCGCAAAUCACCUGCUGGUUGCGUACGUACCGCAGCUCUAUGGGGCGCAAUGCGUGCGCGGCGAGGCGCUCCAGCAUGUACAUGGCGGGCACGUGCAGCGCGUGCCGCUCGGCCGGCAACGCCGCGCCUCACACACGCAGCGCCGUGCCCGCCAGCCCCGCGCCGCACAUCACCUGCUGGUUGCGUACGUACCGAAGCUCUAUGGGGCGCAGUGCGUGCGCGGCGAGGCGCUCCAGCAUUUACAUGGCGGGCGCGUGCAGCACGUGCCGCUAGGCCCGCAACGCCGCGCCGCACACACGCAGCGCCGUGCCCGCCAGCCCCGCGCCGCACAUCACCUGCUGGUUGCGUACGUACCGCAGCUCGAUGGGGCGCAGUGCGUGCGCGGCGAGGCGCUCCAGCAUGUACAUGGCGGGCGCGUGCAGCGCGUGCCGCUCGGCCCGCAACGCCGCACCGCACACACGCAGCGACGUGCCCGCCAGCCCCGCGCCGCACAUCACCUGCUGGUUGCGCUCGCUGCACCGGAAACCACAUACACACCACGCUUACUAUAUAGUAUACACGAACAAACUAUAACACCCUGUUUCACUCUCAUCACUCUUGUAAUAUUUCUGAUUUUUGAUAGGAUAUAA